AUAAGAGCAGCUCCCCAUCUCAAGACCCUUCAACGAAUCCACCCAAUUUCCGGUCUCGGUCAAACUGACCCACCACCACCACCUUCGCGCUCUCUCUCUCUCUCUCUCUCUCUCUCUCUGCAGAUUUCUGGACUCGUCUGAGAAAAUUGUAGUCAGGAGUAAGGAAAUAGACAGAAAGUUGGGAUUUUUUAUUUUUUCAAUUUCGUCUUUCUGCAGCUUGGGAAAGAAAAUUUGGAAUCUGGUCAUGUUACCAUAAGAAGACCUUUUCUGGGUGAAGUUGAAGGUCUGGGCUUGAAUUUGCAUUUCUCCUUUUGGGGUCUUGUACAUGCUGCAGGAAUACAGCUUUCCAACUGAUUUUUUUUUUUUUUUUGGCAGUCACCGAAAAUCAGUUUUGGUGGUUUCCCUUUGUAAUUUUCAGGAACUGGGUUUGGCUGAAAUUGGAGAAGAAUUUGAGUUACCAUGGCAGGGAUCGAUGACAAGGUUUCUGUGAUUGGAGACUGGGCCCUGCCCCUGAAUCCCAGCCCAAGGACCUUUUUCUCCUCCUACUUAAGUGAUGAUUUCAGUUCUAGACCAUUCUCCGAGUUUCUAUCUGAUAAUGGUGGUAGCAAGGCGCCUUCAUCAUGCACUAAAAAUCCGAAACUGUCAGUGAAUUCUGAGGAUGAGGAAGUUGAAUUCGGCAGUGGGGCUUCUGGUGAUCAGUUGUCAGAAUCAAGUGUAAUUUCUGGUCAGAGAUCGAGUUCGCGAGGGGGUCUAGCUGAGAGGAUGGCAGCAAGGGCUGGAUUCAAUGCUCCAAGGUUGAAUACAGCAAGGAUUAGAUCCUCAAACAUGUUAUCUUCUUCAUCUUCAGAAGUUCGGUCUCCUUACUUGACAAUUCCUCCUGGUCUCAGUCCUACGACGCUGCUGGAUUCACCAGUUUUCCUUUCAAAUUCUCUGGCUCAACCAUCGCCAACAACAGGCAAAAUCCCUUUCGCACAAUGCAAUGACAGGAGCUCAAUGCCAAUGUCAGCUGCCCCUGGUAAAAACAAAGAUCAUCCGCUUGAAGAUGCUGAUACUGCAUCUUUUGUGUUCAAGCCUCACGUGGAGUCAAGUUCUUCAUACUUCCUGAAUGCCACAAACAAGGUAACUUCUGCCACCAAUCAUCACCAAUCAUUUCUGGGUAUUGGGGCCUCCAUUCAAUCAGAGCACCCUAUCCGUGCUCAAAAAAUAGAAGUGGCGGAAGUUCACUCCCAAAGUCGACCGGAAUUUCACACUCAGUCCGACUUUCCGAAAUCAGCCAUUGGAAAAGAUUCUGCUGGUAAUAUCAUGUCCAGCUCGACUCUGUCCAGUGCUGUUGCUGGUAAUUCUGAUCGUUCUCCUCCGCCUGAUGAUCAGGAGGAAGGAGAGGGAGAUCAGAGAGAAAACCCUUCCAUUGUUGUCAGCGGGCCUUCCGAGGAUGGAUAUAAUUGGAGGAAGUAUGGGCAGAAACAGGUGAAAGGUAGUGAAUAUCCUCGUAGUUAUUACAAGUGUACGCAUCCGAAUUGUCAAGUGAAGAAGAAGGUGGAACGCUCCCAAGAGGGCCACAUCACAGAAAUCAUUUACAAGGGUGCUCACAACCAUCCAAAACCUCCUCCGAGUCGCCGGUCAGCCAUUGGGUCUUCUCACCUGCCUGGUGACAUGGAUGUGACUGAGCAGCAUGGUCCGUGGGCCGGGUUUGAUGGAGAAGCGGUUUAUGGGAGUACGCAGGGUGGAACUGCUAUUAUUGGGUCUGACUGGAGGCAUGAUGUCAUGGAGACUGGGUCAUCAGCAUCUGCUGCAACCGAAUUCCGUGACCCAUCUACCUCCAUGCCUGCACAAAAUGGUCCACAUGCGGAUGCCAUAGAUGUGUCAUCCACCCUGUCUAACGAUGAUGAUGAGGAUGAUCGGGGGACACAUGGAAGCGUUUCAUUGGGUUAUGAUGAGGAAGGAGAUGAAUCAGAGUCGAAGAGAAGGAAGGCGGAUACUUCUGUGAUGGAAAUGAGUGGGGUGACGAGAGCAAUCCGUGAGCCAAGAGUCGUGGUUCAAACAACUAGUGAGGUUGACAUUCUCGAUGAUGGCUAUCGCUGGCGUAAGUAUGGUCAAAAAGUGGUGAAAGGAAAUCCAAAUCCCAGGAGCUACUACAAGUGCACGAAUUCGGGUUGCACUGUUAGGAAGCAUGUGGAACGGGCAUCACAUGACCUAAAGUCAGUGAUCACCACUUAUGAGGGAAAACACAACCACGACGUCCCAGCUGCAAGGAACAACAGCCAUGUCAAUUCCGGGACAUCCAACACAGGACAUGCGACAGUUGCCCAACCGCCCCACAUCCACAGGCCAGAGCCGUCCCAAGCCCAUGACAGCAUGGCAAGGUUCAACGGGCCAACAUCACUGAGUACAUUUGGCAUGCCGGGGAGGCCACCUCUGGGACCCACCUCCAGCUUCUCGUUCGGGAUGAACCAGACAAGCCUGGCCAACUUGGCGAUGGUUGGGUUGGGUCCAGGCCGACCAAAGAUGCCCGCCAUGUCCAUGCAUACGUAUUUGGGGCAGCAGCAGAAUGCAAACGAAGUUGGCUUUAUGAUGCCUAAAGGAGAGCCCAAGGAGGAACCCAUGUCGGAUUCAAGUCUGCCCAUCUUGAAUGGGUCGGGUUAUCAUCAGAUGAUGAGCAGGUUGCCAUUAGGACGUCAGAUGUAAAAUGACAGAGUUGAAGUGACAUACACCAAGAAAAUCUUAUCUUGAAUUCGCUGCAUUUAGCUCAUCUACGUCAGUGUAUAAAGGUAAGGGCUCCAUGCUCACAAGAUCUGUGUUUAAUCAAAGAAAGGUCCAACAUCCAUGGCCAGGAGCUUUCAGUCUGUGCUAUUUCUGGGAUCACAUCAGCACAAUAGCCUGGAUUGCUGCACAAUGGACCCCACAUGCACAUGCACUAACUAGAUAUUAGACAGGUUGGAUUGACUCAAAAGACUAGACCCGACUUGAC